GGCUUAACAAGCACUGGGGCUUUUCUUCUUUCUGCAGCUUGCAAGGAUCUCUGGUUUUUGCGAAACAGUUCUGAGAAAACAAUGGCCAACUUUUCCUUAUGGGCAACUUUUGGAUUAUGUUUGCUGAAGCUUUGUCUAACAGAAACACAAUUCAAUGUAAGUUGCAGAUAUGGAGGAGUUUUUCAUGUUGAGAAAAAUGGUCGCUACAGUCUCACACGAUCUGAAGCAGUUGAACUCUGCAGAGCUCUCAAUAGUACCUUGUCAACACUAGAGCAGUUGAAGAAGGCUCAUGAACUUGGAUUUGAAACUUGCAGGUAUGGUUUUGUAGUGGGGAAUAUUGUUAUCCCACGAAUCAACCCCUAUCAUCUUUGUGCUGCAAAUCACACUGGCGUUUACAAACUUUCAUCAAACACAACUGGUCGGUAUGAUGCAUACUGUUACAAUGCGACAG